UUGCUCAGCUGUUGCUGGACUAAGCCUGAACCGGUAGUGUGUCCCAGAACAAGCAUCGCACUAGCACUGCGCCUCGUACAGCAGCCCGACCGGUUUGAGCAAAGCCCCUCGCCCAGAUAUUUUUUCGCCACGCUAUCCCUGAAUCUCACCUGUGUGGUGGCUGGAUACUGCGUCAUUAUCCACUGUAGUAUUCCUGUGGAAAGCCACUGGCCCAGACGGAGCCAAGGUGAUUUUGCGGGCAAACCACAACAAAACAUCAAGUUUUCCUCCCCGAAAUCCACCGCUUGAUCUGGAAUCAAUGUCUCCCCGCGCGAACGUUGGAAUUACUCGCCACGAUCGAGUAUGACUUCCAAUCCGACUCUAAUGCUCUGCUCCGUCGAUCUGAAAUAGCGGAAUGAUUGCCCUUAUACAUACAUGGCCUAUUCCUGUAGGUCGUAGUAACGGUCGAACACCCCGAACGCGGGUUGUGCCGGACUAUAUAUUGUGAAACACGACUUACCCACUAGGAUUUGCGAUAGUCUAUAAGCAGGUCUAUGACGCCCUCGCCUCAAGUGGCAGACAUUGGCACCCAAGCAAGGACAGUCAGUCGGAUAUGCGGCAGCUACACCACGAUUUGGUGACACGAGGGCCCAAGAUGUACACCAAUCAGUGUCCACCGGUAUCACAACUUUACUUGAUUUGGACACCGGCUUUCCACUCGGCUCUCAAGCGUCAUCGCAAACGGCGACAUUUAUAUCUAAUCUGAUCAUCCCAGCAGGUGCGCGAUGAUGUGAGGUAAGCACUAAAAUACAAAAAGAAGGCUAUUAACCCUUGUAGAAAAUCAAGUAUGUAACUACUUGCACUGCUCCUCCCGCCGUCGGUUGUCUUGUCCUGAGCACUUCUCUCCAUGAUCUCCUUGGCGUAACCAUCUGUAUCCCAACUCAAUCAACAAGCAUUUAUAUUUUUAAUUCUUUGUUACUACUACUUUGGAUAUCAACCUUUUGGGUAUGAUGUUACCUCGGGUAGACAUGGGUCACGUGCGUCCCCACAGUCCAGUCUGCGGUGAGUCAGCGGCCGGCUGAGUAAUGCGAGCAACGAGAACCGAUCGCGGAGAAGCGGCCAUUUUUUCCAGAUUCUUUUCCCUGCGUGACUCCUUUUCCUGCAUUGUAUCGCCGCCACGAUGUUGAUUCAGGUGCGCAGAUUAACUGGGCGCGCGGCCCUACAGCCCUCGCCGAUAUGGCGCAUGUCCACCGUCCACACCCUCCGCAGAGCGUUCCACUCGCAACUCGAAAACGCCUCUUCCUCCGAUUCCCCCUCGCUCUCCGCCACGCCGCAAACACUCACAGAGAAGAUCGUGCAACGGUAUGCCGUCGGCCUCGCCCCAGGGAAGAAGGUCCGCUCAGGCGACUACAUCUCGGUCGUCCCUCACCACUGCCUGACGCACGACAACAGCUUCCCCGUGAGCAAGAAAUUCUUCGACAUUGGGGCUACAAAGCUGCAUGAUCCCCGGCAGCCCGUCAUGGCGCUCGAUCACGACGUACAGAACAAGUCCGAGGCGAACCUGAAAAAGUACCGGCUCAUCGAGGAGUUUGCGCACAAGUACGGCGUGGAUUUCUACCCGGCCGGUCGGGGCAUCGGGCACCAGAUUAUGAUUGAGGAAGGCUAUGCGUGGCCUGGGACAUUGACCGUUGCGUCGGACUCGCACGCGAAUUCGUAUGGUGCGCUUGGUGCGCUGGGUACGCCGAUGGUGCGGACGGAUGCCGCGAGUAUCUGGGCGACAGGUCGCACGUGGUGGCAGAUUCCGCCGGUGGCCAAGGUUACGCUGACCGGCGUUCUUCCUGUCGGUGUUACUGGAAAGGAUAUCAUCAUUGCGCUGUGCGGUCUGUUCAACCAGGAUGAUGUGCUGAACCACAGUAUCGAGUUUACCGGAUCCGAGGAGACGAUGCGCAGCAUCCCUGUUGAUGACCGCAUCACCAUUGCCAACAUGACAACCGAGUGGGGUGCACUCAGUGGUCUCUUCCCCAUCGACUCCGUCCUGAUCGGCUGGCUCCGCGCCAGAGCCACCCUCGCCGCUAUGGCCAACCCCGAAGGCGCCACCAAGGGCCGCUUCAGCCACGAGCGCAUCGCCGAACUGAUCGAGAACCCGCUCGUCGCCGACCCCGGCGCAACCUACAACAAAUCCCUCUACCUCAACCUCUCCACCCUCUCGCCCUUCGUCUCGGGCCCCAACUCCGUCAAAGUCGCUACACCCCUCAAGGACCUUGAGGCGAAACAGAUUCCCGUCAACAAAGCCUACCUCGUCUCCUGCACAAACUCGCGCUCAUCGGAUAUCGCCGCCGCCGCACGCGUCUUCCGCGAGGCAGCCAAGGACGGAUCCACGCCCAAGAUCGCCGAGGGCGUGCACUUCUACAUCGCCGCCGCCUCUCUCCCCGAGCAACAAGCCGCCGAAGAAGCCGGCGACUGGCAGGUCCUCAUCGACGCGGGAGCCAAGACCCUCCCCGCCGGUUGCGGUCCCUGCAUUGGUCUUGGAACUGGUCUCCUCGAAAAGGGCGAAGUAGGAAUCAGUGCGUCGAACCGGAACUUCUCUGGACGUAUGGGCGAUCGCAAUGCGAUGGCCUACCUCGCUAGUCCCGAGGUCGUUGCUGCCUCUGCUCUGUCAGGACACAUCUCCGGACCCGGUUGGUACCAGAAGCCCGAGGGUGUCGAGAAGGUGAUUAUCGGCGAGGGAAGUGGAGACAUCGAAGCCGAUAGGGCGACAAGCAUCAUGGACGCGCUCGACAAGGUUAUCGCCGAAGCCGAGAGUCUCAUCGCCAGCGCCGAGGCCGCCACGACUGAAUCCUCCCCGGAAUCCACAGAAGCUGAAGCCGAAGAAUCCCUCACAGACGUCCUGCCGGGCUUCCCCGAGAAGGUCGAAGGCGAAAUCAUCUUCUGCGACGCCGACAACAUCAACACGGACGGCAUCUAUCCCGGGAAAUACACAUACGAGGAUAACAUCGGCCCCGAGAAGAUGGCCGAGGUCUGCAUGGAGAACUACGACACCGCGUUCCGCACCAUCUCGCAACCGGGCGACGUCCUCGUCGGCGGCUUCAACUUCGGAUGCGGCUCGUCCCGCGAACAGGCUGCGACUGCGAUCCUCGCACGCAAGAUCCCCCUCGUCGUUGCCGGUUCAUUCAGCAACACGUUUAGCCGAAACAGCAUCAACAAUGCGCUGAUGAGCGUUGAGGUUCCCCGUCUCGUUGAGAGGCUCCGCGAGCGCUUCGGUAAGAAGGAGGGUGAGGAAGGCGAGAAGCAGCUUACGCGACGGACGGGAUGGAAGUUUGUAUGGGAUGUCCGACGGAGCAAGGUUGUUGUUACGGAGGAUAGUGGGGAGACGUGGAGUCAGAAGGUUGGUGAGUUGCCGCCGAAUGUGCAGGAGAUUAUUGCACGGGGUGGGUUGGAGAAGUGGGUUAAGGCGGAGGUUGAGAAGAGUCAGUGAGUGGGGAGGAGUUAGUGGUGCAGAUGUAGAUCUUAGAUCUAGACGUUGACUAGACGUUCUGGUGUAUUAUACCCGUAAAUGCUAUCGAGUACUAUACUACUACUGUACCCUUGUAGGUCAUGGACUGUAAUUGUAGCAAGGAAGGGGUCCAAGGUUUCUGAAGCACACAGCCAUAUCCAAAACACAACCAGACGACCAUGCCAUCGUCUCAUCCAACGACUACCCCAUUCCAGUUUGCUCAACCCCACCGCCUCGUCUGCGUCGUCGCCCGCCUCCACUCAUCCUCCAACCCCCUAGUAUUCGCCGGAUCCGCCCACUGAUACCGCUCCACAAUCCCCCGCACAGCCUCCACCAUCCUCUCAUCCAAAAACCUCGCAUCAUCCCAGCCCACCCGCAGCGGAACCUUGUAGUACCCAGAGAUCGCCCGUUCCCACGUGUAGCAGAAGGGUUCGUCGAGGAGGUGCCAUGGCAUGAUGAUAUGCGCGUCGGUGUCGCGGAGGACGGGGACCAGUGGUGCGGGGGUGAAUCUGGAGGGGUACGUAUAUUCGUUUUUGGGCUGGGAUGGUGGAGGUCUGGGCGGGGGCUCGAUGGCGUCGAAGAGGUCGAAGCCCAUGUCCACGUCUUCGUCGUCUUCGUCUUCGCCUUCGCCUUGAUCUUUACGCGCAUCCUCGCGCUUACUACCCGGCGACGAUAUUCCCAAAUCUCCCCU